AUGCAAGGGCCUGUGCCACAGCAACUGCGUGACAGAAGGCUCACUGAUCCUCAGGCUGUUCCUAGGACGCGCAGAGAAACGGACAGCGAAUGCUGCUGGAAGAUCAUCAACUCGGGGAAAGACGCCCGAAACUUGUUGGCCUGCCAUCACAUCGAGAUGUCCGGAGAGCAGCGGUUCCCAACCUCGGGUCCACGGUUACUGGUAUCGGUCUUUGGCACAAAAUGGAAGGAAAGGAAACGUCACUGCAAGGAACAUGAGGAAGAACUGAAGCUGUUUUGUGAAACGGACAGGACACCGAUCUGUGUGAUCUGUAGAGACGCGCAGGAACACAGAGAGCACCGCUUCAUGCCGAUUAAAGAAGCUGUUAAAAUCUACACGGAUCAGAUAAAAUCUUCCUUAGACUCUCUCACAAAAAAGAAAUCAGACUUCCAGGAAAAGGAGCAGCAACAGAAAGAGAAGAUUUCCGGAGUUCGGGAACAGUCACACAGCCUUCAGUCCCACGUCACAUCCCAGUUUGCUGAACUGCGCCAGAUUAUCACUGAGAAAGAGCAGAGCUUACUCAGGCACCUCAGGAAAGAAGAGAAGAGGAUUCUCAACCCAAUGGAGAAAAAUCUUCGGGAGAUUCAAGAGAAUAUAAGGUUUAUUCAGGAGGAAAUCACUAAGUUAAAGGAACAGAUGGAUCAAAAAGACAGUGUGAUAUUUCUCAAGGCGGAAGCUCGUCGGAACAGAAGGAUUAAUGAUGAUAUCCAGGAAUUGUCAGUGAUAGAUGAGACCCAACCGGUUGAAAAAUUCGAUCACCUCUAUUUGUUGAAAACAGUGCUGAGAGAAACGCUUGAUGCUAUUAAUCGAG